AUGAUCGACGUCGAAAGUAAGAGGUCGUUCACCUCUCAGAACAUCAAGGACGAGGACGGCAAGGUCCUCCGGGACCCCAUGUUUAUUCGCCAACGGUGGGCACGGUGUUUCCACAAGCUUCUCAACACCAAGUCGCCGACCAUCGACCUGCAUGCGGCUGACACGGUCAAGCGGUGGCCCACGUGCAUGCCACUCGACGACAUCCCAUCUCUACUUGAGGUUGAGGAAGCGGUACGGGAAAUGGCCAACAGAAAGGCCGUCGGGCCGGACGACCUGCCGGCUGAGCUGAUCAAGCUUUUCCUUGACGAAGAUCAAAGUCUUCUCCGCGAAUCCCACGCCAAUGUCGUGGACGUGUGGCAGACGCGGGACGUACCACAGCAGUGGAAGGAUGCCACCACCAAAGUGCUGUUCAACAAGGGGGACACGAUGGAGUGCGGCAACUACCGGGGCAUCUCGCUCGUCGCACACGCCGGCAAGGUGCUGCUUAAGGUCGUUGCUACACGACUGAGCCACUACUGCGAGCGAGAGGGCAUCCUCCCGGAGGAGCAGAGCGGUUUCCGCCCACACCGGUCGACGCUCGACAUGCUGUUCGCCAUCCAGCGGCUCCAUGAGCUCGCGAGGAAGAAGAGUACUGCGGUCUUCGCGUGCUUCGUCGACCUCACCAAGGCAUACGAUUCGGUGGACCGAGACCUACUGUGGAACGUGCUUCGACGCUUGGGCGUGCCCCCGAAGAUGCUGGGGUCAUUCGCCAUUCCACGAGGGCAUGAGGGCGCGCCGGAGCACAACACGAAGCUCAAUGGGACCCAACGCCAGUUCCUUACACGGUGCAUCGGCUGGAGAAAGCGGAAACGCUCAGACCGCCCCCUGUCCUAUGCCCACGCCCUCAUCCAGGCAGGCUGCGAGGAAACCAUCGAGGCCACCGUGCGCAAACGGAGACUGUGUUUCGCGGGCUUUGUUAUGCGCAUGGAGGACAGCCGCCUCCCCAAGCGCAUGCUGUUAGGAGCGAUGGCGGGGGGCGUGGGAUACCGGGGCGGGCAGGAGAGCGACUGGGUGUCUCGUCUAGGAGAGGACCUCGUGGCCUUCAGCAUGGGAGACGAAAUGGAAGGGGAUAAAUGGAAAGAGAGCGCCAAGGACCCGGAGGUGUGGUACAACAAGGUCGAGAAAGGGGCGGCAUGGUUCAUGAGGAAAUGGAACAGGCAGGAGGCGGAAGCGCCCGCGAAGCGCCAGCGCGCGAGGGAAGCAGAGAGCACGGCCAUCUCAGGACCAAAGAGAAAGAGAGCCGGGGAAGCGGCGGUGGGGGGGAAGAAGCGGCGACCGGGCACUGUUGUAGAAGCGAGUAGGGCGGCCGAGGCAGCACUUGUGGCAAACUAUGUACCCGGCUGA